UGGUUUGGCCACCUUUUCGAGUGAGUCGAGUAAGCGCACGCGCAGUUAUCAUAUCUUAUGCUUAGUUAUUUUCAAAAUUGCUAAUUUAUUCGAGAGCGGGGCAGCCAAAAGUAGGCAAGGAAGCAUAAUACUCUGGGGCCUCUAGGUCUAGGGGGGAAACGGGGACCUUUUAUAGUGAUGAAUUCCAUUUUAUGAAUUGUAUUAAUCAAACGAAACAAAAGUAUGCCUAAAAAUAGUAAUUUGCUCUCUUGAAAUAAAAUAUUUAGUGACUGUUACUGCAUGCAAUGAACGAAAAGGGUCUUAUGACGCUAGAGUUCGCCAAGAUUAUAUCAACAGCUUGAGCUGCUUUGCGUCUCUUUGUCUUCAUUUUGUUGGCAUGAGUGAAAAGUCGAGUAAAAAUCAAGCGAAAAAUCGAUUCGUUUGGCCAAGGCCUUAGUUAGUAUCUUUGCUACUGUAUUAAUCAUAAUCACCAUCAAGAAAAAGAUCGCAGUUUCAUUAGCAAUAAAUAUUACUCGUAAUGAAUAACUGAAACAAGAAGGUGACCGAACACUCGAAUGGUCAAUAAAACGAAAUAAUCUACUGACAAUUCAAGUUUUAAUAGCGACUGAAAAGGAGCUAAAACUUGCAGUUUAAAUAUUCUAUACUCUUGGGCGGAGUACACUGACUUCCCGGGGGUGUGCCUGCCAGCAGGUUGUCAUUUUUGGUUUAAAAUUCUAGGCCAGGAUUAUACCUUUUGUUUCUUUUUCCCAGCGCAGGUAUACCAGUUGUCAAUGUAAUGUUGUCAGGUAUCAAAGUCGUUCCAGGAUAGAGUCAUGAAAUGCGAGGGGUGAAUCACUCUUAAAAAUGGCGUACGAGAUUAAUAAUCGCUAGUGAUUGAUUUUUGAUUGAAUCAAUUUUGUGUGUGAUUAAUUUGAUUUUUAUUGAUUAAAGUGAUUAAUUUUCGAUCAAUUUGUGAUUAAUCAUAGAUUACAAAAUGCUCUCAAAUAAUUUUAUGCGCAAUAAACAUCGUUUGAACGCAUGACAGUAAACUAAUUCAUAAGCUAAAUCAAACAACAAUAUUUCAUAAAUUAAAUGCCAACCUAUCAUGUCAGUUUAGCAAGAUUUUGAAACAUACUUGAUGAAACUGAAAAAGAAAAAUUAGAAGUUCAGCACAGGAAUGGAUCCAGAAAAGAUUUGCAAAAGAAAAAAAGGUGCGCAAGUUUGAUAACAUUGACAACUAAAAACAAGAGUUAUCUUUUCUGAAGAGCAGCACAAGCAAAAUAUUAAAUCAAUGUGAUAGGUUUUCUUCUUCAUGGAUGUAGGCAGGGAUGGCGCCAGAAAAGAAAUGCUGGGGUGGGGGCUGUAAUGUCAGAGUGCCGACAGUGAGUGAACCACCAACAAAGAUCUAAUAUAACACCAUUUCCGCUGUGGUAAUUCCAGUUCAAAAAAUGAAAAAAAUUGAAAAAAAUAAACAAUGAAAAAAAAAAUAAAAAAAAUCACGAAGUGGAAGUUAUAAAAGUGCCGACAUUGCUUAAAAAUUUUCAAAAAUUGAAGGACCACCGGUGCCGCCAUCCCUGGAUGUAAGGAUGACAAUAGCCUGAAAUGAAAAACAGUGAAAAGUUGUUGAACACCUUGUAAAAGACAUCAAGGCAAAUGCAUGUGCUCUGUUGUGUGGGCCGUCUACUUUCGCCAAAAGAAUUUGAAUGUGCAUCAAAAAGCUAUCUUUUCUGACCAUUAGCUUUAGGAACAUGGAUGCAAAUAGCUUUGAAUGAAAAAAAACAGUGAACAAUUGUUGAACACCUUGUAAAAGACAUCAAAGCAAAUACAUCUGCUCUGUUGUGUGGGCCGUCUACUUUCGCCAAAAGAAUUUGAAUGUGCAUCAAAAAGCUAUCUUUUCUGACCAUUAGCAUUAGGAACAUGGAUGCAAAUAGCCUGGAAUGAAAAAAAAACAGUGAACAAUUGUUGAACACCUUGUAAAAGACAUCAAAGCAAAUACAUGUGCUCUGAUCCCUGCCCAUCGCAAGUAAUAUCGCUAUUGGAAAAUGAAACUGUCAUUCCUGAAAUUUUACCGAUAGAAAAAAUUACAAGUUCCGGAAAUAUGGAACUUGAUUAUCAAGCCUUAUUUGGGGGAAAAUACAAAAAUAUGAGAUAAAUCAUUUCCCUUAAAUGUAACAGUUGCAACUGCAACAGCCGAAGCUGUUUGAAUCCGCCCAUGCAGUGAGAAAUGACUGCUAUCAGGCGUGGUUUUCGGUCAGAUCAACUUCAGUGGCAUUUGGGCAACAAAAACAGCAAUGGUUGUUUCAGUGACCCCGGUAUCAUAACGAGGCCUUUAUUUUUGCUACAUCGCAGGGUACCUAGAAAAUCUUGUUGUUCUUUUGUUAAUGUUCUCAAGCGUCUGUUUGCAGAUUUUGGGAUGUGUUCAUGAAAUGUUUGUAAAAGUGUGAAAGAGACAUUCUGAAUUUUGCAUUUUUAAAUAACAUAUGCGGAUAGAUGUGGUCAAAGAUUCUAAUAUAUAUUUAUAUUUAAUUAAUUUCUGUGAUUAAUGUUAAAUUUUGUGAUUAAUUUGAUUUUUUCAAUAAUGUGAUUAAUUUGUGAUUAAAGUGUGAUUAUCCUCGAGAGCGUACGUGAUUUUAAGCAGCGAUUUGCCCCUCGACGAAAUGUUUUCUGACACGCACAGCACAUACCCUUCAUUUUUAUCCAAAGUGAAUCCCCGGAUGGAAAUCUGGAAACCAAUUCAGAAAACAAGUUAAAGGGCAAACUUGCAAAGAAGUUGCUGGACAAAUGGAAUGAAGACUGAGAUAAUUCAAUAGUUGGGAAGAAGAAAUGAAAGAUGAGUAUGAAAUGGAAUAGUCAAUUCGAAUGGAAACAUAUGAAUAGAUUUGCAAAAACGAUGUAUAAAGCAAUAGAAAUGUGAAUGAAUUGAUUGAAAGGACUUGAGAAGGAGCUGUACAUUGACUAAAAAAGAGAGAAUGGAUACACUCGCUUCUUUUAAUUCAAAGGCAGAACCAGCCAAUUGAGGCUCUGGUGGCUUUAUUAAUUUGUGAUUAAUUUGUGAUUAUUUAGAAAUUGAAUCAUAGAUUCAAAAGUGCUCUCAAAUAAUUUCAUGCGCAAUAAAAGUCGUUUGAACAUGUGACGGUAAACAAAUUUAUAGGCUAAAUUAAAUGACAAUCUAUCAUGCCAGUUUGGCAAAGAUUUUCCAACAUAUUGAUUCAGAGAAAAAUUUGAUUGUUGAAGAUUUAUAAAAGAAGGUGCAAAGGUUUAAAAACAUUGAAAAAACAGAGUUAUGUUUUAUGAACAGCAGCAUAAGCAAAAUUUUAAAUCAAUAUGAUAUAUGAUGGGUUUUCUACAUCGUGGAUGCAAAAUCAAUUUCUCAUUAUCAGCAUCAAGCACAUAUUUACAAAGAUGACGAUUUUCAGUUGGGUAAGACAUUGGAAGAUCUAGCUGGCAUUAUUUUGCUUCAAUUAAAGGUUGAUUCGCACGUCAUUGUUCUUUUUAAGAGUUUCAGAAGAUUCACCAAAGAGAAAACAAUAGAGGUUUUCUUGAAAUCUUUAGUUAUGAUUAUUAAAAUCUCCCUUGCCCCCCCACUUUUCAACCUGCGUCGGAGCCCAUGGACUUAUAUAUUUAUUUGCUUAGUGAGGCUUUGGUGACGCGCAACAAUUUCUGAAACAUAAUCAAAUAUGGUCCACACAAGAAGGGUCGAAGGCAAUGGAUUCGACCUGCUAUAACAGGAUCAUAUGCAUACCCUGAAAAAGAGCUUUCAGGUUUAAAGAUCUGGUGUCACAAUAGUAUGUGCACUCUGUGUAAAGCACUGUUUAUUUGAGACAAAACUACAAAUCUACCAAAUCGACGCUAUCUUAAAAUCAAGACUGCUUUUCCAAAUGUUGACCUUUCUAAGAAGUUGCAUAAUUAUAUAUCUGUCAUUGCAUUUCCUGUGACAGAGUUCAACAGUUCCAUUAGUGUUUUCAAGAUUUUUCUGUCAUUGAGAAAGAAAUUAAGCUUUUUUGGUGGAUGCAGAAGAAGUUGAAGAAAUCACUGCGAUGAAUCUCUUAAGAGCCUAAAUCAGCUUCUCUCCCUCUCUAACUUCUAUAAGAACUUGGUUAAUGUAUGUAUGUAUGGAUGUGAAAUAAUCUUUAAUGUGAAUUACAAACUAAGUUGGUUCACAAAUUAAAAGUACAAAUAAUCUAAAUAUAACCUAAAUAUCAAUGAAAAAUAGUGAAAUGUUAAAUAGUAUAUGCUACAUACUGUUCAAGUGACUUUUGAAAGCCCCUUAGAAUAUAUAAGCAUCACCGACUGGCAUUUUCUGUUUUAGGUCCGUGAUUAUCUGUAACGUUCAUAAACAUUUCUGAAAGUUAUGAUGAAGCAGCACCUAUAAAGGCUUUAAAAACGAGGGUUCAAAUGUUGAACACAAUCCGCUGUUUGGGAAAACAACACAUUGCUGUAGUUUCAAGAGUGUAUCGAUUUGGCCAGCACUAUGAUUAUACAGGACUGGCGAGCAAUAAUCCAAGUGACUGAGGACAAGCAGGACAAGAGAGUUGGCAAGGAGGAUCAAACUACCCUCCGGCACGAAAGGUUUAGCGCGUCUUAUUAUUUGGAGGCCAUGAUUAAUUUUUCUACAGGUAUCCUUGAAAUGUAAAGAGUAGUCCAAGUGUUGCUCUAAUGAGAACCCAAGACGCUUGAUCCCAAGUGUCCUUUCGAAUGAUGGGAAAAGGGCUACUGUGGGAGGGCCCGUGUGGCAGGAUAGAUGUUUGGGAUCACUGUUUGGGAAUUAAUAAGGCUUGGUAGAUCAUUUACAUAUAAUAAGAACAGAAGUGGUCCGAUAAUGGAGCCCUGAGGAAAACCUUUUCUCUCCUAGAUCUGAUAUACAGAAAGAUGGGUUGCCAUACAACUAUCAAAUUUUCUACUGAACAUCCUUCAGUCAAAAAACAACUUCUUCAUUGGCCCUCGCAAAUAAAACUUUUGACAACUUGCGUUUCUGUGGUUAGGUUGUUCAUGGAACCGAGGCUGCAAUGUAGGAGGGGGAAGGAAGGUCACAACAUUGCUGUACUGUGUGAUCUCAAAAAGCUUGCACGCAUAAAAUCACCUUAUGCAAGAUAUGGAUUCUGUUCUAAUUGGGAAUCUUGUGGAAUGUAGCAAGAAACAGAGUAUGCAGCCAUGGCCGUUGUGUUCUUUCGACGAAGACUUCAUUCUCGUCUCAGAAUUCUCCGAACUGGUUGGACCUCGACCUGUUGCGACUAUCCCAGAGGAUGGUGGAGCAAGUUUCAACAAGAAUACAUUCACAGUGAGAAUUAUGUCUGUGGACUGCACGUCAACUGUAUCUGCUGAACCCGACUCGCAUUGUGUUAGCUCGUUCAAGACUGUUGGUGACACGCAGGUUGUCCUUGUUGAACCCUCUGAAGGUGCUGUGGCCUAUGUUCACCAUUUCACAUUAUACGACAUCAAUGCUCGUGGAUACGUACGACCCUUCUGUAUGGCCUAUGUAACAAAUCAACACAAUAAAAUAAUGAAGCAUUUUCGCGAAUUUCGUGACCAAUUUUCAAGAAUUUCUGCUUAUUUUAAGUAUGGUAAUGCAAUCCAGUUUUUAGAAGAUUUACAAACUAGACUUGAGUACCUGAAUUACACAAAAAGAAAGCUCUCAGAGAAUUUAAAUGGUAAGCCAAUUGGCACAGUCUAUGAACUGCCACGUGAUAUGAAAGGUUUCAAGUUUGAAGACCUUGAAGCAUACGAACGGGAUACAGUUGAGCUGAAGAAAAUCACAAAAUCAUACCUCAAUGGUGACAUCUUUGAAGAGCAAAAAGAGCAUUUUGGUGAAGCUUUGAGGGAAGUUAUAGAAAAGGCCUCAGGCUACUUUGAUGUUGUUGAUAGUUCUACUGUUCUUGAAAAUCUUGAUGAAAGAUUUGGCUCAUUGGAACCCCGUUCUAUUGGUAUUUCUUCUGGAAGGAAAUUUGACAUCCAGCUACGUUGCCUGCGCGAACUUUGCAGUUAUUGCAAAGAGGAAGCUUUUGGCUUACUGAGAAAUGCUCAUUUUUUCUUUGGUAGCAUUGGACUCUUAUCAGACGCUACAUAUUCCUUGAAUAACGAAACAGACGGUUAUACAAGGCGAGAAAAUCCUUCAAAAAUAUAUUCAAAACAAGGCUAUUCACAAGCUUGUAAUGUAUCAAGGGAGUUCUUUUUAAGUGCAACAAGCAAGGUCCAUGCAGCCCAAAAACAUAUUUCCCAAGGUUCACUUCCGCUGAGCACAAUGUCAUCUCUUGGUGUCAGUUCUGUAUGGACUAUUUCAAGCGGGCCUUCAAGAAGUGGAAGUUAUGAAAUGAUAAAAACGAGUCAUGGUUCUUCUGAUGAUGAAUAUGUGUCGGUUAAGGACACUGACUCUGUGCCUUCUGUACCUACAUCUAUUGUUUCGAUCAGUUCUACGGGCCUUGCUGACUACCAGUCUCCCAUUACUGCAACUACAGCUACAGUUCCAAGUGAAUGCUUUCCUGGUACAGCUAAGCGUGUUUCCAGUGAUACUUUUUUAUUAAAGAGUUCUUUAUCACUAAACGACUCCACAAAAGCCACAAAUAGAGCCGACGAAACUGAUUCUGGAGUUGCUUUUAGCUCUGGCCACGUUAGCUGGAGGGACGAGGAAUUACCUUUAGACCAUAUUGCAAAUGGAAAUUUAGUACCAGCUGCUAGACAGACAAGCAUCGAAUCAAGCAAGAGCACCUCAUCUAGAGGAUCGAAAUCUGUAACUGAGGUAUUGAAAGGAAGUCCAACAAAAUCAAGGACAUUAAGCAAAGUUAGUAUUGACAGCUCAUCGAGCAAAGAGUCUACGCCAUCUCCAUCACUAUUUUUUCAUACCCCUUCACAAGGAUCUGAUAGUAUGGAUUCAAUUUCCCUAUUGAGUCUAAGGAGCUACUACAAAUUUUUACCACAUUUGAUAUAUUCAUUAAUGAUUGGGAGGCCAGUCAUCAUAAUGGCAGACAGGGGACACAAGUCUUUCGUGCAUUCAAUCGUUGUAGCUCUGCUUCCGUGUGUUCCUGGGUAUCCGAAGAAUAAAAACUCUGUUAUCAUGUGGACUAAAGGACCUAUACUUAUCAGUAACCUAGCAACAGUCAAGCUAGUAGGACUAGCAAAAACACGCUCUUCAGAUCAGGUUCCAAGGUCCAUUGCACCCUAUGUUACAGUUCUGGAUUUUGAUAAAUCAGUACUAACCGCGCCACCAUAUCGAGGCAAAUACUUACUGGGCUGUUUCGACGAAAAGAAGGAGUGGCCCUCGGAGGCGGUAUUUCGAGAUUAUUUACACUAUGCCCAACUCGAGCUAAGUGGCCAGGCGCAUAUGGUUUUCUCCUGGCUGUUCUCAGACCCAACAAGAAAACAGACCACCUUGGGCACCAAGGCAACAACAGCUACAACUCCCGUUAUGAAAGUGGAUGCUAAAAGCGUUAUAAUGUCUAAAUUUGCAGCUGAUGACGUGAAAAUCAUCCUGUUUCUAGUCGAGAUCCUGAAAAGUCAUUUGCUGGGAAGUUACUUCAAGUCAAUAUGCAGCGAAGAUGACGAAGAAGAGCACAGUGGUGCAGCUUUCGCGUGCAUUGAUCCCGCUGCAAAACUUUCUCGAAGUGAAACGCCAAGCGUGAGGCUAAACAUUUUAAAAUCUCAGGUUUUUACAAAUAGCUCGGAUUCCAGAAAAAAGUAGCAAUACGGGCUUAUUAGCAAAGGACUCUGUUUUGCAUCUUUUUAUUGGUUAAACACUAGUGUGCCCGUCACUAAAUUGAGAUUUACUUUAAUGUUUUUUCUAAAUCAGAAGCUUUUCCGAUCCGAAUACUGGAAGUGCAGUUUCUAUUACCUUCCGAACUUCACUCUCACCUUCCCUUGCCUUUUCUCCCCCCUCCUAAGAAUUCAGCCCUCUUUAGAAACCCAGAGGUUGCCGUGAAAGAAUUAUUUUCUCAAAAGUUUUUCUUUUUUGCGUGGUUUUUUUGUCGCCUGACAUCAUUUAGGAGGCUUGAAUGGAACCCCAUUUAAAAGUCGCUUUCUUCUGUAAUGCCACUGUAGUCGCUUGAGUUGUAUCAGGUAUUGUGCACUCCUUAAGUUUGCGAAUAAUAAUUGGCUAACACAACACAAUCUAUUGUCAGCAAGAAGAAUAGGAAGAAAGUUUGAAAAAUCUAGCCAUAUUUGUAUGUUUUAAGACUUUUCUCAACUUUUUGCGUAAAUUUAUUGAAUUUAGAGAAAAGCUUUGUAUUUGAUUUUGAGGAAUGGUAACACAUUUGAAAAAAUUUUUAAUAAAAUAACAGAAUCUUACGUCACGUAAAAAUUCUGUCCGCAACUGCAGAUUCUUGAGCUAUAACAUUCUUGCAAUAAUCUGAGCGAUAUAAAUAUUAGAAAAUUUUUUAAAUAAAUUGUGUAUGUAGAUAAAUGGUAUCUGUUUCUAGUCUUAUGUUCGCUAAACAAGUUUUAUAAGUGAUAA